UUCUCCACGCCAGAUGCAACAUCGACACGCAGCACCGCCGCCGCCGCCCUCGACGCCUCCCCAGCGGCCCAGCCCCCCCGCCUGCUCCACGUCACCUGCGCCAGCUGCGCCGUCCACAUUGGCUUCUACAACACGGCCAUCGCCUCCGUCGUCCUCUUCAAGUGGCAGACGACCUGUCAGACGACCGCCACCGUCGCCGCCUCCGCCGCCUCGCCGCUGGCCGAGAGCGCACCGCCCACGGGCGCAGACUGCCUCGCGGCGACGCUCCUCGCGACGCUCUCCCGCUCCGGCUCGUCCAAGUCCGUCAUCGUGCCCACGGUCCAGGCGCCGCCAAACCCGAACAACGACGACGGCGGCGGAGAGCAGCAGCAGCCGGCCCUGCACGUCUGGGUCCUCAACAGCAACAUCACCUACGCCUCGAGCCUCCGGCCCUCAGCCGGGCCCCGCUCCGCCCUGAAGCUCCUCUACAAGCCCAUUCCCUUCGAGCAGGCCGACGCGAUGCUCGAGUCGUUCGCCCUCGAUGUGCAGGAGGUCAACUUUCCCGUCGCCGUCAUCGCCGCUGCCGCGCGGGGGUUCGAGGACAGCGCGCUGCUCCUGCCCGCCGGCGAGAGGCUGUUCAACGGCUGGCGGGUGGCCCUGCUCGACAAGUGGGUGGGCUGA